CGCAAAAAGCACCAUCAUGUGGCUCUUUGGAUUCUCCACCAGAAAUCCAAGAAAUUUAUUGAUAAUUGGUGCUAUAUUUCUAGUAAUUCUUGUAACCAUAGUCUUAAGGUGGUUUUUCAUCUACCUAGAGGGAGAGGCCCCCAUGAAAAAGUCCCAAAGAAAAGGUGAAAAACAGCAGCAAGAAGUAAGAAAGUGUAGCCCUGGGGUUAUUAGGACCUAUGCACUAGAAGAGUUGAAGAUGGCAACAAAGGACUUUAGAAUUAGGAUAGGAGUUGGAGCCACUUCUUUUGUGUACCUUGCAGAGCUUGGGGAUGGAAAAUUUGGAGCAGUGAAGAGAGUAAUGGAGGAUAGAGGUGGAAGCAAGAAGAUUUUCUUGGAUGAAGUUUCUGUUUUGCUUAGGAUUUCUCAUCCUAACUUGGUGGGAUUGAUGGGUUUCUGCUUGGAGAAAGGAGAGCAACUUCUACUUCUGGAGUAUGUUCCCAACAAGAGCCUAUUUGACAGGAUGCACACAUAUCUUGGCCAAUCUUCAAGAAUUUUGUCAUGGUCCAACCGCUUAAACAUUGCCUUAGACAUAGCCAGAGCCCUUGAUUACCUUCACUCACAAGCUGAUCCACCCAUCAUUCACAGAGAUGUAAAAUCCUCAAACAUUCUCUUAAUUGAUAGUGACCAUGCCAAAUUGGCUGAUUUUGGGCUAUGCAAACUGGGAUAUGACAAGCGUGGCUCACAAUCUCCCACCACUAUCAAAGGCUCAUUUGGGUAUGUUGAUACCAAUUAUCUCAAAAUAGGACUUGUUUCACCCAAAAGUGAUGUUUAUAGCUAUGGAGUUUUGUUGCAUGAGCUCAUUACGGGGCUAAAAUCAAUACAAGGAUCUGUGACACUUGCUGAAUGGACGGAAGAAUGCAGGAAAAAUAAUGAUAUUGCGGUUUUGGCUACAUUGUUGGAUCCUAAACUUAAUGGAGAUGCAAAUUUAGAGCAACUUAAGGUGCUGAUUGAUGUAGUUAACUUGGCUUUGUUAGAGAAUUCUGAAGCAAGACCAGAAAUGAACCAUAUUAUAAAUAAAAUUUUAGCUUGUAUGGAAACACCUCCUCAAUCCCAUCAUCACCAAUUGCCUAUAUAAAACACACUAAUUGCUCCCAACAUUUUUAUGCUUAGGAUUUUUUUUUUCAUAUAUUAAAUAGAUUGAUUUUUUAUAC